CUCUAUAAUUUUUCACAAUUUCACAUAUUGUAGCUUUCGUUUCGUUGUAGAGAAAAGAAAAAGAAAACCCUAACGCACAGAAUCAAGAUGCAAAUCUUUGUGAAGACUCUCACAGGAAAGACAAUCACCCUUGAGGUGGAGAGCUCCGAUACAAUUGACAAUGUUAAGGCCAAGAUUCAAGACAAGGAAGGGAUCCCUCCAGACCAGCAGCGUCUAAUUUUUGCCGGCAAGCAGCUGGAAGACGGGCGUACCCUUGCAGAUUACAACAUCCAAAAGGAGUCCACACUCCACUUGGUGCUCCGUCUUCGUGGUGGGAUGCAAAUCUUUGUGAAGACUCUCACAGGAAAAACAAUCACUCUUGAGGUGGAGAGCUCCGAUACAAUUGACAAUGUCAAGGCCAAGAUUCAAGACAAGGAAGGGAUCCCACCUGACCAGCAGAGGCUCAUCUUUGCUGGAAAACAGCUUGAAGAUGGCAGAACAUUGGCCGAUUAUAACAUCCAGAAAGAGUCAACUCUUCAUCUCGUUUUGCGACUUCGUGGUGGUAUGCAGAUUUUUGUAAAAACCCUUACAGGAAAGACAAUUACUUUGGAGGUAGAGAGCUCGGACACGAUUGACAAUGUAAAGGCUAAAAUACAGGACAAGGAGGGAAUCCCACCAGAUCAGCAGAGGUUGAUCUUUGCUGGGAAGCAAUUGGAGGAUGGAAGGACCCUUGCUGACUACAACAUUCAGAAGGAGUCUACUCUUCACCUUGUUUUGCGCCUUCGUGGUGGGUUUUAAGAAUGUGAAUGUUGCCUACUCUCUUAUCACGUGUUGAACUUCUACAGUUGUUAGUUUUUAUGUUUUAGAACUUGUGCUGGGUCCGUAAUGGCCCUGGAAAACUAUCGUUUUAUUUCUUGUGUAUGAUUCUGUUCUAGUUCUACUUAAUGAAUGUGAACUAUUUGUUUUCGUAGCAGCUUUUAAGUGCUCUCAAGUUGUUUUAUCUGAUACUCUAAUAA